UUUUCCUCUAUAGAGCUGUGUGUAACUAAAUUAUCCACCUAACAUUAACUACUGGUGCAGCUGAACAUACCACCAGCUCUUAACUCAGUUCAUACAAAUGGUGUAACUAACAGGCUAUUUAGGAGCCUCAUUAAGGUAAAAAAAAGAGGUUGUUUUAUUGUAGCUAAAUGUGAAUAUAAUUUACUUACAGUAUUAGCAACAGCAGCUAGCAAGGAUGUUCAGAAUUAUAUUAUUGAUUUAUAUAUAUAAUUAUUUUAUUAUUAUUUAUAGCUAAAGCUAGCUAGUUAAUUUGAUGAGCAUGCUAAGGAGCUUUUUGGAAACUAUUGUAUAGGCUAGUAUUUAUAGGCUUAUAUAAAAUCAAAAUCAUGAUUCAUUAACAAGUGAUUACCAUUUGAAUGAAUGAAUAAUCGUCAGAUCAAAAAUAUAUGAAACACUGUAGUUAUUGCAGUGUAAAACAUGUCAAUUAUUAGGCUAAAGUAGUGGCUAGAAAAAGUUUUGAAUUAUUAUUUGUAGCUAAAGCUAGCUAGUUAAUUUGGUGAGCAUGCUAAGAAGCUGAUGAAAAUUAUGGCCGGAAACGUUUUGAAAAAGUUGAACUUUGAAAAUAUUUUUGAUAUAUGUUAAAAAAAAUGUUUUUACUUUUUAGUAGAAUGAAAACAAAGCUCCCUCCUCCCUCAACUACUACCAAUGAACUAGUUAAUCUCACAGUAGCUCGCAGUUGCUAAUAUAUGCUAUUACCAAUGACUGUAGACUGUUUUCUAGAGUCAUUGGCUAUUACAAGAGCUAGAAACGGUGGUUAAAUGUAUGCUAACAUUUACUCAAGUACUUUACCGAAGUCCAUUUUAAAUGUACUUUGACCGUAUUAGGGUUCUUUCUUUCUAAAUUUUUAUAUUUACUGAUAUAUUACACUGUAUAUAAAUAACCAGUACUAUAAUUAAAAUAAUUUCCAGCUACAAGCUUUAUACAAUUCACGAAUCCGUACCUGACCCAUUAUUAUAAUACAUAUGAUUCUGCACAAUGAGCACUUUUGCUUUAGAUAUUUUAUGCAUGAUUUGAUGGUAAAACGGGUUUUUUCUUUCACUAUUAGGACUCUCCCUUAUCUAUAGAGUACAUAGGAGUGGAUACUUGUUUUGCCAAAACAUAUAGGAACUCUUGUACAGCAUCACUUUUCAUGCGAGCUCAGGGUUGUAUUUACGCCUGAAAAUCCACCCCCAUUGUUUCCACACUUAGUUUACUAUAUGGCAUUUCUUUCCAAUCAAAUGAUCAAAUCUAAAUUCCUGUAAUAGUAAUUUCGUCUAAACAGCACAUCAAAGGUUCUGUCGCUUAAAACAAAGUAAAACCGUCUCACUUUGUUUCCCAGCAAAGACAUUUGAAGAUUUGACUAGAAAGUUUUCUUUUGUUAUUGUUUUUAGUCAAAAUCAUGAUUUAUCAGCAAGUGAUUACCUUUUAAUGUAAGAAUCAAUCAAUCAAUAAUAUAUGAAAAAGUGUAGUUAUUACAGUCUAAACAUGUAAAUUAUUAGGACUCCUGGAACCCUAGAAUCUCUGCAAUUUAACAAUAGGACUCUUUCCUUUGUCUAUUUCUUAUGGUACAUCUGCUAUUCCAAACAAAUGAUGGUGACCUAAAGAUGAUGAAGAGUAUCUCAAACCUCUCUCUCUCCCUCUCUCUCUCUCUCUCUCUCUCUUGUCUGAGUGCUGAAGUCGGAGGCGCUCCUCGGGUUUGCCACUGCGCACCGCGGCAUCGCUUCUCACCACACUGUGCGGACUGUUGCUGCGCCCGGAGCACCUGCAGGCGCUGAAAGAAGAAAAAGAAAAAGAAGAAGGGGGGAAAGAAGUGGACAGCGAUUGUCUAAAGAGACAUCUGAGAGAGGAGAGGAAGGAGAAGGGGGCCGGACAGGCGGGAGGAGCGCACCAUGGCCUCAAAGGAGACUACAGCGGCGGGCUUCGCCAACGUCAGCAGGGAAAUCACAGAGAGCAUCAGAAGGGUGCUGGACAAACAAGCCAUUAAGUUUGUGCGAGCCAUCAAGCAGGACAUGAGGAGCGGCAAGUCAGAGGACAGGAUUCUGGUCCUGGCAACAUGGAGACUGUAUCUCUUUGCUGUCAAAGUGCCCACCAAGGUCGAGGUCACCUUCAACUUUUUGGAAAUCAGAGCAAUGAACACCUACCCAGAACACCAGGUAAUCAUCGAUACAGACAAGACCACCUACUCGCUGAGGCUGCAGACCCAGGAACAGCUGGAUCACAUGGUCAGCCACAUCAACUACGCCCUCUCCAGAGUCUUCAACAACUCAAUUUAUGCUCCUCCUAUUUGUCGAGCAGAGGGAGAAAUGCCCGAUGGGAGUCACAAGUUUUCACCGAACUCUGAGUCAUCAUUAGAGCCCCAGAAAACUUGCGGAGGUUUUUCUGAGACUUAUGCAGCUCUCUGCGAUUACAACGGUAUUGGCUGCAAAGAAGAAGUGCAAUGGGACGUUGACACAAUCUAUCACUCUCAGGACAACAGGGAGUUCAACUUACUGGAUUUCAGCCACCUCGACAGCAGGGACUUGGCAGUGAUUGUGGCAUCCAUUGCCUACAACACCUGGUUCACCAAGCUGUACUGCAAAGACAUGCGCAUAGGGUCAGAGGUGGUGGACCAGGUUCUGCACACAAUCAGCAAGUCCAACAGUCUGGAGGAGCUCACUCUGGAGAAUGCAGGACUCAAAUCGGAUUUUCCACAGAAGAUGGCAUCUGCGUUAUCAGAGAACCCAGCCUCUGUGAUUCACUCUCUCAACCUGGCUCAUAACACACUAGACAACCAAGGAGUUUCCAACCUUAUUCAACAGGUGUGUCGCCUUAACAAGGGCCUGCGUCUCCUCAACCUCUCCAAGACUUCACUUUCCUCCAAGGGUGUGGUUUCAUUGUCCCAGGCACUGUGCUCAGCUGACGACUAUUCCAAUUCUCUGCUGCAUCUGGACCUUAGCAAAAACCCCGGGGUUUUAUCUGGAGAGGAUGCUACAAACCUGUACCUCUUCCUGGCCCAGCCUAACUGCCUGGUCCACCUGGACCUGUCUGGGACAGACUGCACUGUGGACUCGUUGUUUGGGGCCUUGCUGCGAGGCUGCUGCGCUGACCUCUCCUACCUGAAUCUCUCCAAGAACUCCUUCUCUCACAGAAAAGCCAGAGAUUCUCUGCCAACUUUCCGUCAGUUCUUCAGCUCAGCAUUCAGCCUCACACAUGUCAGCCUGGCCUCUAUGAAGGUCCCCCCUGAUUCAAUGAGGGCGCUGUUCCUCGGUUUGUCCAAUAACCCUCAUAUCACUGAUUUACACCUGGACAUCAGCAGCUGUGAGUUGAGGUCAGCAGGUGCCGGGGUGAUUCAGGAGCUGUUUCCUCGAGUUUCAUGUGUGGGGACUUUAGAUAUCUCUGAUAAUGGUUUGGAUGCUGACUUGCUGGCUGUCAUCCCAGCGUUCUCCCGGCACCCCUCCCUCAAACACCUGAUGCUGGGGAAGAACUUCAACAUCAAGGGCAGGGUGCUGGAUGAAAUUCUGCAGAAACUAGUUCAUUUGGUGCAAGAAGAAGAGUGUGCCCUGCAGUCCCUCUCGCUGGCUGACUCGAGGCUUCGGCAGCGGGGCACAGUGCUGGUCAAUGCUCUGGGCUCCAAUGCUUGCUUGCGGAAGGUGGACCUGAGCGGCAACCUCCUGGAGGACUCUGGGGCCAAGAUGCUCAGCAAAGCUCUGCAGAUUAACACAACACUUAGGAGUGUGACGUGGGAUCGCAACAACACCACGGCGACAGGCUUCCAAGAUGUGGCGAGAGCGCUGGAGCACAACUUUACCUUGCAAUACAUGCCCCUGCCCCUCAGCGAUGUCACUCAAGCGUACCGCAGCGCCCCAGAGAAGACCGACCAAGCCCUGACCAAGAUCCAGCGUGCCCUGCUAAGGAACAACCAGACUCAGCGUUUCUCUCAGAAACAGGCUCUCAGGCUGCACCAAGGCCUCGUCACCAGCACUGCUGAACAGGUGAUGGAGCGUCUGUGUGUACGGGUGCAGCAGCAGGUUUGUGUCCUGAAAGGCUGCGAGGAAGGAGAGGAGGUCCAGACGGCUAGACAGAUCCUCAAAGAAGCAAGGAACUCGAGAGCUCUGUAUCCAUCUCUGUGUGAGCUGGCCCACGUGUUGUCAGUGGAUGGACCUGUUAAACAGCGCCUGGACACUCUGGCAGGAGAGCUGGCCAAGGCUGCAGACAAAGAACUGCAGGUGGUUGUGGACUCCAUGGUGUCCCUUUGCCGUGAGUUGUGCCCCAUGUCCUGCUCAGCAGCUGAGAGACUGAGUCCACCUUUGUCGUCCAUCUCUGAACAAGUUUCUAUCCCUCGCUCCGCCAUCCGCAACGCCCUGAUGGAGAGGGCAGCCGAGGACAUCAACAGAGCUCUGGAAGAAGUGAAGCUGUCUGUGGUCUCCUAUCUGACCAACUCCAUAGUUGAUCAGAUUCUACAAGAGCUCUACACCACCCAUAAAACCCUGUUGCGGCAGGUGUCUCAGGCAAAGCGUUGGGACGAUGUCGGGACGGGCAGACGCACUAUCAGACAGUCCAGAAUAGUCGAGUCUCUGGAAUUCCCCGAUGAGGACUUUGGUGUCAACCUGGGAAUAGACACCAUGGCCAUUAAGAAGCGGAGCUCCAGAACUAGAAGAAUUCGACCCGUCUCCACCAGACUGAGUUUAGGUGAGGAGCCCAGUUCCUCUCCGACACCUUCCGCUCCACCUCACUCUGCCCCUCUUACCCACUCGGCAUCAUGGGAGUCUCUGUCCACCCUCCCCACCAACGGAUCCCCCUUACGUCACGUGACCCACGCCAGGCCACGCCCGCCACGGCGACACAGAGCAGGACACCUACCUCCUGAAUCCCAUUGCUCUGAGAAUGGAGGAGUCAACAUGCUGGAGGACGGACUGCCUGAUUUCUACAGCAAACGAGUUUUACCUGACAGUCAGUUGUCGUCCCUGCAUCAGGCCCAGUCUCUGAGGAGGAAGAAAAGGCGAAGUGUGUUGUCCAUUUUCUCAGGAUUCCGCAAGAACCGCAACUCCACCAUCUCUAAUCAGGACUCGGACAGCGCCUCAGAGAAUGUCUACUCCAUGAUUCAGCAUCCUAAAGACGCCGUGAGGCCAGAGAGCGUUGUCCCAGGAGCAAAUGGGAGCAUGCCUUCACCUCGCCCAACUCAGAGCAUGCCGGUGCAUGGGAUGAGAACUGCCAGCCCCCCCUGCCUCAUCCAAAGACAGUCCACAGACCUGGUCAGCAUGGUGUACAGCUGCAUCGGGGCAGAAAUCGAAGACUCCGAUGGCAGCAGCAACUGUGACAUCAAAGGGACAGACCAGGAUGCUGACAGAUCAGUCACCAUCUCAGAUGCCCCGACAGAUACUCGAACUAACGGCCACGUGGUGUCCUCCAAACAACAGACGGACAGACAGAUGGAGACGGCCAGGCAGGAGAGGAUUGUGCCCCUGACAGACUCGCGGACUGAGAUAGAAGAUGAUGUGCAGAGCGGCGGAGGUGGAAGCAUGGCCCCCUGUGGGCCAAGGCCAGAGCCGCCUCCACAGAGUGCUAAGCCCAGUUUGGCUGUCAUGAGGCAGAGACACCUGCAGGAGAGUUUAGAAGAAGCAGGGAGGCUGGAGGCAGAGGGAGACCAGUGUGAAAGGAAGCGCGAGGAGAAACAUAGAGGGCGAGGGCCAGAGGGAGAGCGUCCUCUCAUUCCCAAUAAGCCCAGCCUCGAUGUCUCUAGAGACAAGACUUCUCCAGAUAAGGCCAAGACCUCCCCCGUCACCCCAGCAGAAGAACAAUUCAAUGAUCAGAGAUGUUUACCUCCUGGUCAACCCAUCGCUGAAGGUGAGGGAAGCACCGAGAGGAUGAGCCCACCGGCGUCUGUCAUACCUGGGAUGGAAGCAGCAGAUCCUGCUGUAAUCACUCACGAUGAGGAGGGAGGCCAUAAUGGAUUUCCAGCAACAUCACAUCACACCAGGAAGUCCAGCUCGUUUGACAUAGGCAUGGAACGGGAUGUGCCCUAUGAUCUGGAGAGGUCUUCAGAUCGCAGAUUCCUUGUGAAAAAACCCUAUUUCCCUCAGUGCAGAAACAGGUCUCUGGACUACCCUGCUGGGACCGGGUGUUAUGAAAGCCCCCAGCUUGGUAACAGAGAUGCAUUAUGACAUUACCUGUGGACCAGGAGACGUUUGCUGGGAAGAAAAGACUUGGACGCGGAGGACUGGAGAGAGACGAGCUUUUAAAACUGUGGACUCGGCUGACAAAGAUUCAACAGGAUGUCUUUUUUUUUAAAAUAUAUUUUUAUUUUUAAUCCCUGCAAACAUUUGUUGCUGAAAAUGCAUGUACUGUAUGCCGGUUUUGACUGCUUGCACUCGCUAUUUUACUCUCAGGCAUAAACAAAGCUCUACUUUUCAUACAAACACAGUGGAUCAGUGUUUCUCCAGUAUGCUCACAAACAGCUGUUUUAUGCAUUUGUGCAAAUAUCAUUUAAUAUUGAAAGCGCGUCUUUUCAUGCCCUAUCUGUAUUUAACUGACAAUCUGUGACUUCUGAAAGUGAGUUUUGUAGUGUAUUUAUUCUAAUGGGAUGUAUAUACUGAAUAUAUAACUGCACUAACCAUUGUGGUAACUCUGCCAGUUAACAAUCAUGAUUUUAUUUGUGAUAACAUAUCAUUUGAUAACCGUGUUUGUAAGUAUGCUUUUGAUGUAUGCUGCCGGUGAUGACUGAGAAACGUGUUACCAUGCACUCCUGUCUCUCCAAGAGUAUUUAAACUAGACAGUAGAUCGUUUUAAUCAGAUUUUGCGGGCCUGAAAAUGAGUAUUUUUUCUAAAAAUGCUUCUAUGAAUCCGAAUAAAUAAAAGUGACUUUCCAGAA